AUGUCUACUCAAAUCAAAGGUGAUAAAAGAUGUCAAAAGCCAUCAAAUCCAGCCCACGCAGCUUUUCUCAAACUCUGCUGUUUCUCUCAAAAGAAAGAUAUUGUGCCCAAAGCGUGAAGGAAGUACUCCUUGGGACAUGUCACAAACGAAGGAUUCGGAGAGGAAGACACUUCAGCAUACUUUGAAAAAGUAUGCAAGGAAAUAAAGCAGCUUGAAAAUGAAUACGAACACCGCAAUGACUCUCCCAGCAAACGGAUGAAGAGAGGUCUUCUUCAUAUCAAGAGACAAAGAGAUCAUCUCUCUGAAAGACUCAUCGAUAGGAUACAGCACAGUGAUAAAACAGCUUUCAAACAACUGCUUAAAAAUAUGAACAAAUUGAAAAGUGUCAGAGAUUUUGACAACUUCUGCAAGGCUCAUGAUAUUGGCAACUUAGAUGAAAGCCAAAGUAUAUCUGACUGCGAACAAAACCUGGAUAGUGUUAAACAGUUGGAUCAUUCCUACGAUAUCUCAAAUCCAAGAGGUGCUAUCAUUGCUCCAGAAUCUUGCUUCUCUUCUUGAAAUAAUCAAAACACAAGAAAAAGUGCCUGAAAAGACAACAAGAAAAAAGUCGAUUCCAAUAAAUUAUUCAAAGACGUGGAGAUGAAGAGAGAUAGAGUCGGCUCUUCAGUUACAGAUACAAAAGACAUUCAGGAAAAUCUGACAGGAACUUCCCCAAUUCCAACAUGAGACAUCGUCAAAAAUAAAAUAUUUGAUUUCUCUCGUACAAAAACAGAUAUGAAGAGAUCACAAAUUUUACAUAAAACUGACAGAAGUUCUCCUGCAUUAGAAAUAGCAUUCAAAAAGACCAACCAAGUGGAAUAAACAUCUACGAUAAUUUCAGACUUCCAGAUGUUUAUUAGAGAGUCUCUUCUUCCAUAAAAGUUUAUUUAAUGGUACUUUAUUCUAAAAGUUCCAUAAACUUUGAAUAGGAGAAUUGUCGCAGUAUCCAUGAAACUUACUUGCUCAAGACUCCUUGUGUGGAAUAAUAUCUGGUUAAAACCUAAUUGCUUAUAAUAUCAACUUUUC